ACGACACACCGCAGACUUCUGUCACGAAUAAUCAUGGAGCUUGAUUGGUCAAUUUUAAAAACUGUUGCUUGGAUUGAAAAAUCGUAAAAAACUUUCCUAUUUCGUUUUUUGAGAACUUUCAUGUUGUAAUAUCUUGAUUUGGGAAUUACGAGACACCAUGUAUAGAAUAAAAUUUUUAUAAUUUGCGCACGUGUUUUCAGAUAUGCCUUAGAAACAACUCUACAUCCACAAGAUAACAUGUGUAAACAUCGUCGAAAUAUUUUUGUUUACAUUACAAUGAUAGAUUCGACAUUUGAAUUGCUUGGACAUAACAUAAAAGAACUCAGGUCAAGAGAUUCAACGUACAGAAGUUGAGUUAGGAGCAACUCUUAUGUAGAGGACUUGCAGAUACAAGAAUAGCGUUAAUUGAAUGUACAACGUAUAGCGCGUAUAACAAGAUUACUGCGAAAUGAAUUUGACUAUUAUCCCUUAUUUUCUAGCGGCCACAAUCGUUGAUGACAUGUCUUGGCCCUUGGGUCCAGAAUACAUAUUUGAGGUAAAAAAGACCACGUUGUCAUACAGGAAACCACUUACAACAGUAGAGAUGACCUGUAAACUACUAUGUCAACAUAGAAUACCGGACAGCCUAAUCUGUUCUAUGCCAGACAUUCAAUUUCAAACGAUGAUAACGUAUGCGAAUUCCACCAAGUACAUUUCACCCGUCGAGUUGAUCGAUGUACCGCAUUUAUUCGAAAUGAAGUUUAACGAGCACGGUGUGCGGAGUGUGUUGAUGAAGCCUAGCACUUACCUAAAUGCUGUAGGUAUCAUCAGACAGAUCGCUGAAGUGUUCAAUGUGAGCACCGAUCUGUACAGCAGAAGAGCCACGUACGGACCGUCACAGUUGCAGGGUAAUUUUUUCCUGAUCGACGACUUCUUCAACUGGGAACAGACAUUAAGAGGCAACUGCAACACUUACAACAGGGUCAUGCAUGAUGAUGAUUAUGAAGGGACAGUUGAAGAAUCCAAGUUUUACCUCACCGUGGUGCCGUUAGCCGAUUAUUUAGCCAAGUGGAAAACCUGGGCGCCUGUUUUAAUUGAGAAGUCUAGGGAAGAUUGCAUUUUUUCAGACCGAUACGUGGAGUUACUAAACCAGAUGAAAGUGACGAACUAUGCCAGUGCAAUGAAGGUCAUGCAGCAGCGGUUUGAAAGUACCGUCGAAAUAGUUGUAAGUCUCAUACCUAAUCUAUGGGAGUCUGAAGAAAGUCGUGUGUUUAGCGAAAAAGUUAAUCUUUCACUAAUCGAAGUGAUACCCGCACUACAGACGUUGCCAGUUGUUACGAAAGGCGAAUGGCUCACUCUAGAUAAACUACUUUAGAGAUACCAGACAACGAUAAGAGACCAAAGACUAAAAAAAGACAAAGCAUAUAAAUAGAUUUUAACUAACUAUGAUAAUUGCUCAAGUUAGAUACAUAAAA